ACCGACACUUGUUGAGUAUUCGAAGUGAGGCUUAGUUCAUCGCCUAACGCUGGAGCUGAUCAUGGGAUGUGCCGUAAGUUCUACGGCCGAAAAGGAAGCUGCUCUCAGGUCAAGGAAAAUCGACAAAGAUUUAAGGGCAGAGGAGGAAAAGCAAGACAGAGAAGUAAAACUGUUGCUUUUAGGAGCUGGAGAAUCUGGAAAGAGUACAAUUGUAAAGCAGAUGAAAAUUAUCCAUGAAAGAGGAUACUCAGAAGAAGAAUCUCUUCAGUACAAGCCCAUUGUUCACAGUAACACUAUCCAAAGUCUGGUGGCUAUUAUUAAGGCAAUGAGUCAGUUAAAAAUUCAUUUUGGUAACCUUGCCAGAACAAAAGAUGCACAGCAGUUUCUGACACUGGUGAGCACUGUUGAAGAGGGAAAACUGACUCAAGACAUUGCUGAACUCAUGAAAACACUCUGGCACGACUCUUGCGUUCAGAAGUGCUAUAAUCGCUCAAGAGAAUAUCAACUCAAUGAUUCAGCAUCCUACUACCUUAACUCCUUAGAUAGGAUCUGUGAUGAAAAUUACAUCCCUAGUCACGAAGACGUGCUCAGGACCCGAGUGAAAACCACUGGAAUUGUAGAAAGUCAAUUUAUUUUCAAAGGCAUUAACUUUAA